AUGCCUCUUCUUGCGCAGAACCCGAAGCGUCGAGUAAUCCUAGGUCUCAUGACAUUCGGAGAGGAUGAAGCAGCCGGCGCGAGAAUUACCUCUUUGGACGAAUACAAUAAAGCUCUCGACCAUCUACAAGGGGCCGGGUACAAUGAAGUUGACACUGCACGGGCUUAUAUUGGUGGAAAACAGGAAGCCUUCACUCGUAAAGCCCAUUGGAAGGAGAGAGGUCUUACUUUGGCGACCAAAGUCUAUCCAAGCCAGCCUGGCACUCACAAACCAGAUGUCCUCACUGCUGAGUUUGAGACAAGCUUGAAAGAGUUGGGCACAGAUUGUGUCGAUAUCUUUUAUCUUCAUGCUCCUAAACCCUCGAGGCAGUCAACAAGCUUCAUAAACAGCGAGUAUUCCGCGCUUCAUGAGAGAUUCAUAGCUAACUAUAUCUGUAGAGGGAAAUUUGUUAAGCUUGGUCUUAGUAAUUUCACUGCAUUCGAGGUCGCAGAGGUUGUAAUGCAUUGCAAAUACAACAACUGGGUUCGACCUACUAUCUAUCAGGGGAUGUACAAUGCGAUCACUCGCAAUAUUGAACAAGAACUCAUUCCAGCUUGCAAACGUUAUGGAUUGGAUGUUGUGAUCUACAACCCCAUCGCAGGGGGUCUGUUCUCAGGCAAAUACAAGACCAAGGACAUUCCAGAAGAGGGUCGUUUCAGUGAGACUUCGAAGUCUGGUCAAAAUUACCGCCAGAGAUAUUUCAGAGAUGGCAUGUUUGACGCUUUGGCUAUCAUUGAGCCAGUCGUUGAGAAGCAUGGAUUGAGAAUGCCUGAGGUGGCGUUAAGAUGGGUGGUGAAUCACUCGGCAUUGAAUAUCAAGGACGGCAAUGAUGGUGUAAUUGUCGGGGUCAGCUCGGUAGAUCAACUUGACCAGAAUUUGAAGGAUCUUGAAAGCGGUCCUCUUCCCGAGGAAGUUGUAGAAGCAUUAGACAAAGCUUGGAGCGUCAGCAAGGGCGAUCAACCAAACUACUGGCAUUUGGCAUUGAAAUAUACUUAUGAUACACGAAAGGCUCUUUUCGGAGUAUAA